CAAUAUUUUGAAAAUAGGCUCAAAUCACUUGCGGCAGAGAAGGCGAAUGGGGAAAACCCAUACCCACAUAAAUUUCAAGGGGCUAACCAUUUGUCUGUCCCUGAGUAUGUGAAGAAGUAUGGAAUUCUAGAGAGUGGUGUUCAUUCUGAGGAUGAAGUGUCCUUGACAGGAAGGAUAAUGAACAAACGGGCAUCUUCUGCAAAGCUGCUUUUCUAUGAUUUACAUGAUGAAGGUGCCAAAGUUCAAGUUAUGACAAGUGCGAGAGAUUCCGUGCUGAAUGAAGAGGACUUUAUUAAAUUUCAUUCUGGUGUGAAGCGUGGAGAUAUUGUCGGAAUUACUGGAUAUCCAGGCAAGAGUAAAAGGGGAGAGCUGAGUAUUUUUCCCAAAUCAUUCAUUGUCUUGUCUCAUUGUCUUCAUAUGAUGCCACGGCAGAAAGGUGCCCAGACGGAGACUGCCAAGAAUCCUGAAGCAUGGGUCCCCGGAAGUGGCCGCAAUCCAGAUGCAUAUGUUUUAAAGGAUCAGGAAACACGAUAUAGGCAGCGUUAUUUGGAUUUGAUGCUGAAUGCAGAGGUUCGGCACAUAUUUAAGACCCGUGCAGAGAUCAUAACUUUUAUUCGGAGCUUUCUUGAUAAUCGCGAGUUCUUAGAGGUAGAGACCCCCAUGAUGAACAUGAUUGCUGGUGGGGCAGCUGCACGUCCAUUUGUGACCCACCAUAACGAUUUGAAUAUGAGGCUUUUCAUGCGUAUUGCGCCUGAACUCUAUCUGAAAGAGCUAGUUGUUGGUGGAUUGAAUCGCGUCUAUGAGAUUGGGAAACAAUUCAGAAACGAGGGAAUUGACUUGACGCACAAUCCUGAAUUCACCACUUGCGAGUUUUACAUGGCAUAUGCAGAUUACAAUGACUUGAUGGAUCUAACUGAGAAAAUGCUAAGUGAGAUGGUGAAGGAACUUACAGGUGGCUAUAUAAUCAAGUAUCAUGCGAAGGGGUUUGAGAGUGACCCAAUUGAAAUCGACUUCACUCCUCCCUUCAGAAGGAUUGAUAUGGUAGAGGAAUUGGAGAAGAUUGCAAACUUGAAUAUACCCAAGGAUCUCUCAAGUGAUGAAACCAACAAAUAUCUCAUAGAUGCUUGUUCAAAGUUUGAGAUCAGAUGUCCUCCACCCCAAACAACAGCUAGAUUACUUGACAAACUUGUGGGACACUUUCUGGAGGAGACAUGUGUUAACCCUACUUUCAUUAUCAACCAUCCAGAGAUAAUGAGUCCUUUGGCAAAGUGGCACAGAUCGAAACCAGGCCUGACAGAACGUUUUGAACUGUUUAUAAACAAACAUGAACUUUGCAAUGCAUACACCGAGUUGAAUGACCCUGUUGUCCAACGACAGCGCUUUGCUGAUCAACUCAAGGACCGACAAUCAGGUGAUGAUGAAGCUAUGGCACUGGAUGAAAACUUUUGCACAGCUCUUGAAUAUGGAUUACCUCCUACUGGUGGUUGGGGAUUGGGUAUUGACCGACUUGCAAUGUUGCUGACAGAUUCACAAAACAUCAAGGAAGUUCUACUCUUUCCAGCUAUGAAGCCACAGGAUGAGCCACCUUCCAAGGAUAG